CAUUAGAUAGUCUUACGUAGUAGACUAUUUUUCUGAUUAACAGGAGAUUUUUUCUCUCUUUGUGCAGGAGUACAUCUGCUGAAAAACAGUUCCUGCUUGAUUUCGUGGCGGGUGCUGAGAACACUGCAGGCGGGCGUCUUGCUCACUGGUUGGCGCCCAUGCCUCAUGUAGAUCCUUCAAAAUGCGAACUGAAGAUAAUUAGUUCAGGCACACAACCAACUUACCCUAUCAAUGUGAGCGUCAUCAUCCGCGAUCAGUACGGGGACCUUGUUAUCUCCCCAUCGCUUAAAGUUGAGAUUCUUGUCCUCCGCUUAAGAAAUAAUGUAGGAGGCAAGAGGAGAUAUCACAUGGAAGGCGAAGAAGAAGAGACCAUGCCCAACGUGCCCUACCAGACAACAGUUCGGGAUAGUGCACGCUACCACUCUAUUACUAUGAUGCAGUCCUACCAAAAUUAUUCAUUCGAGGAGCUCCGAUUGGCCAGUGGCUUGUGGUGGGAAGAGAACAACCCGGCAUACGGCAAUGAUGAAGAAACCAUGAUGUCUGAACCAAUGAUGGUGAAUGCUCAAAGCGACGGCACGUACCUUGCAACUUGGGUGCCUCAAGAGCCCGGGGACUAUGUUGGCACCUGCCUCUUGGAUCAUGUACCAACUAAUCUUGAAGCAAUGUUCGAAGUGAAUUUAUCGGGUGAGCCAAGCAAAGACAACCCAUUCGAGUCAGGGAAUGAAGGUCUCGAUGUGCAAGUGGAGGAAGUGCAGUCACGGCUGCGUCGCUUCGGUAUCAACAACAGCGCCGGGCUGCGUGUCCGCUCCAGCCCCAGUCUGCAAUCGGAGGAAGUCGGAUGUAUACCACCAGACUCUAACGUUGGCUUUGUUGAAGAGGUGGAGAACAAAGACGGUGUUUGGGUACGACUCAGCGAGCAGUCUAUCCAGGCGUAUACAACAUGCCCGGUCGGCAUCGCGUGGAGUUUACAAUACCACCGCCAGCUCGACUUGGUGCUGCUUGUGUCCAAUCAAACUAGUGAGGCUGACGAGGAGGAAGUCGUCGAAGCUUGGAGCGAUGACCAGCAAUCGCAGCUUAAUUCCUGGAAACCCGAAGAGAAAGACAGCACUAAUGAUGUCAGUGAUGAAGAAGACCGGAAAUUCCCUUUCUCUAUUGAUUUAGGCAAUGAUGCUCUGGCGGCGAAAAAAUAUGACGAAAGCCAAUCUCACAGGCUACUGAUUGGGACCAGAUACAUUUGUUCGAGAUCACCUGUAACGCGCCUACGUAACUCUGUUGCCAGUUCGAGUGACGAAGGGUCGAGCCUGUUCGUGUAUGGUGCUGAGCCCAGCAAGCGUUGCCGGCUCUGA